GCAUGUGACUGUCGCAGAACGAUGAUACCUCGUUGUUGGCUGAAAAUGAUUUUGUAAUUAUUAUUUUAAUUCAAAUGGGCAAGAAAAACCAAAACGCUUUGGGGAAGAGUAUCAUAAAACAAAGUGCUAAGAGUAGGGGGAAUAUCAAGCACGCAAAUAGUUGGGUAAGUGAUCUUUCAGGUAAUUUAGUGUUAACAACUGAGUUGAAAACGUAAAUUGGCCACCGUAAAGGGUAAAAACGGUGGCCAAUUUACGUUUUCAACUCAGUAGUUAACACUAAAUUACCUGCUAUACUCUCCCACCGACGCGAAGUUUCAGUUGGUCAUCUGAGACGUAUUCUAACUUCGAGAAGUUGGUGAAUUUCUUUUCCUGCCUUUGUGGGUAUAAAGACCCAUAAGUUAUAUUUUCCCUUCGUGCUCUGUAUCACAUAUUCUUAAAUUCUACUUUUCAUCUUGGUUGAACAGUCUUCUCUGCUUUACACCUCGAUUGGAAGUACAUGAACUUGUUCUUUACUAACGAUACGAGGACGUUGCUUAACACAUUCACACUGCUGAGCUGAACAUGAAUAUAAAUGCCAAGUGAUUCUAAAGACUAUUUUCAUUUUUUUUUUAAGAGGAGAAAUUUUCUUGAGUUUUGCUUAAUAGAAAGUCUAAAUCUUCUUCUCAUUAGCUACAUAGCAGUGAAGUUGACAAUGAAGCAGGACCUAGUCUACAGUCCAUCACAGAACAAAGUGCCUUGGAUGAUUUCUUGGCAACAGCUGAACUCGCUGGUACAGAGUUCAUGGCAGGUGAAGUUAUUGUUAUGUUAAUGGAGUUCACAAUGUCUGCUUCAUGUAUAUUUACUGUACUUAACAUUAACAAGUAAUUAAGUUUUUACUUAUUAUUUUGGAGAUAUUUUUAAAGUUCCUUUUUUUUUUAAUUUAAGGGAUGUUGGGUCUAGAAAAAGUUUAUCUCAUUUAGAAGAACUUUUCCUCAGGAGUUAGAAAAUAACUGUCAUUUUGUUCACUCUACAUUGCAAUUGUGAUGGGAGUGCUGUGAAAUUGGUCUUAUUUCCAACUUUUGUGGCUAGAAGCAUGCCAUCUUGGACAUGACAUCAGCUAUGACAUAGCAGUAGUCAAACUUAGUUUGACGCUUUGUCCUUGUUGACCUGUUUGACCUUUGUGACAAGAAUAUUCUAGUAAUUAAACUAUGGUGAACUGUCUUGUGGUUGAAUAUCAAAAUACACAUCAAAAUACAAAAGGAAAAGGCAUAAGCUCUGACAAGCUACUGGAAAGUGAAAUAUUUAAAAAACUUUGGCUGGCAAAAACCCUGAGAAGGGUCAAAAUGAAGCCCCUAAGCAAAAUGUAUGGGCAUGAAAGUUGUCCUUGUUGACCUUCACUUGAAAUUCAAAGCUAUGUUGACCUUUUCUAUAAUCAGCAUAAAUUUCAUCUUAUCUUUUCUAUUCAAAUAAAUUGAAGCUCAAAAUGGUGAUAGACCACAUGUGGUAAAUUCUUAGUGAUUGAAUUAAAAUUAUACUUUGCUAAGUAAGGGCCCAUAUUUAUUUAUUCAAUCCAUAUUGAUUUGACACCAUACUAUUGUACAUAACAGUAAUAAAUGUCCUCCAACCAACUACUUGAUGUAAAUAUUCAAUACUGAUACUUUCAAAAGAAAUUGAAAGUAUCAUUUUAGUUUCAAUUAUCUUAAAGUAAUUAUUUCUAAUGUAAUCACUGUUUGACAGAGAGGACUUUCUGGUGCUCAUUAUAAUUAAUGAAGCCCUUCAUCUUCUCACAAUUCACAACAUUUCAAACAAUUUAGAAUGAAAAAUAAUGUGGUGAAUCAAAUUCUAAGCACAAGAGAUUACAUCACCACUUGCAACUUAAAGCUAAAAGCUGAAACAAACAAAAUUUAAUUCUCAACAACUUUUGCUUUUUAUCUGCAUUAAGUUUGAAAACUGAAUUUUGUCAGUGUUUCUGCAAAGGAUGAUCUUCAAGUCUAUCCUUUCUAACUUGUUUCAUGCCAACCAGGGCUGUUCUAAGGCACAACUGACUGGUGCUCAGUAAUAUGCUGAAGCUGGGUUCCUGAAAUGGCAAAAAUAAUUUUUCAUUCAGGUAGAUAUGUGAAAUGAAUCUGUCUUGGGCACUGCAAUCUUCUUUAUCAAAAUAAUACUCCAGAGCUAGGAUUUUUUUGAGGAAAAACUAUCUCUGCCUUUCAAAUUGAGUAGGUGACCUAGUACAUUUAAUUCUUGGCGACAUAUAUAUUCUAGUUUUCUGUAGGCUUUCAGUGGUCACAAAAGCAGGUGGACGUUACUCCUUGAAACUCAAUUUCCUUGCCUUCUUUGUCAACAGAGGUUCUUCUUCCUCUGAACACAAGCUAUGUUGUAUUUGAAACAUAAAUGGAUGUAUUACACCCUCUGGGUUAAAAUCCAAGUUGAGAAUUUAAUCAGUAGGACUCUCCUCAUUGCUGUUUUCCUUUUUCACAUCCAUCUUUGUGGCGUUGUUUAUAGGAAGAACAAGACACACACAGGUGAAGUAACACAAGUCUAUUUAAUCGAUGUCCGACGAACUCUACAAAACCGGAAAGCAUGGUCUCUAAAGUUUUGUUGCCAUGGUAGUUAUGACGUAAAUGCGGACCGGAAGUAAAUAGAACGAUAACAUCGAUAUCGUUACAUCUCCCUUUCUUCAGGAAACAAAAAAAAAUGUAAACAUAACUGAGUGUCUCAAUCCUAGUUUAAAAUAAACUACAGAAAAAAAAAGAAAAUUAAGAGUUUGUCAUGUCCUUUUUUGUGUUCUUUCGAUAACCCCAAUCACUAGUAACGUGUGGGUGGUCGCACAAUUCGUCCAGAUCGAGUGGUGGCCACCGAUGGGGAAAUCUCCUGCUUAUCUGCUGCAGACUGAGGUGGAUAUUCCGGAUGUGGCUUGUCCGUGUUCUGCAAAGGUACUGUGUCUGAUUGGUCCUUACUGACUGCAGUACUUGGCAUGGAAGGUGGUACCGAUGGUAUUUCAUUACCAGAAUUUGCAGUAGCAGAAAUUGGUGUUGCUUUUUGGGAUAAUCUCAUCCCAUCUUCACUGUGUGGCAUCACUUCACGUGUAUGUCUCAGGUGUCUGCGGUUCCUCCUAUAAAUUCUUCCAUCUUCUGUUCUGACUUGAUAGGACCUUAUGUCGACUUUGCCUUCGACUCUUGCUUGGGUCCAAUCCUUCUUCUUUCCCAAGUGGGAUUUUAGUGGCUGCAAUCGCACUGUGUCUCCUGGGCGCAGUUCCUUCAGUUCUUUGGCGCCUUGAUUGUAGUACAGGGAUUGUUUAGCCUUUUGUAGCUUCAACUUCUGAUCAACCUCCUCUGGUAGCUUCGGCUUGAGCAAUUGGUUUGAGGUUGGGAGUGGAGUCUUCGUUCUUCUACCGAAUAAUCGCUGAACAGGUGACGAGUUGAGUGUUUCUGUGGGAGUAUUUCUCCAGUCCAGCAGGGCAAGAUAUGGGUCUUGUUCGGACUUGACGGCUUUCUCUAGCAGAUGUUUUGCUGUCUUCACCGUGUUCUCGACUUUGCUGUUGGACUGAGGAUAUGUUGGAGAGCUUGUUAUAUGUUCAAAACCAUAAGUGUCUGCGAACUGUUGGAACUUUGUGGAAGAAAAGGGCUGUCCAUUAUCCGAUACAAGCUGGUCGGGAAUUCCAUGGCGGGCAAGAUGGGCUUUCAACUUCUUCACAACUUCGUCUGCUGUUUUGCUUGUCAUUCUGUCGACUUCAAAGAAACUUGAAUAGUAGUCAACGGUCACCAUGAAAUCUACACCGUUCAGAUCAAAAAGAUCAACUGCGAUUUUCUCCCAGGGUCUACUAGGCAGUUCGUGACAAAUCAUUGGCUCUUUUCCUUGCUCGACAGGCUGGCUGUUGCAGACGGCACACUUUGCUACAUAAUCUUCGACAUCUUUGUUCAUCCCAUGCCAGUAGACUACUUCUCUUGCUCUUCUGAGACAGCCUUGGAUGCUGAUGUGGCUCCGUGGAUCUUAGCCAACAUGUCAGCUUUCACGCUCAUAGGGAUAACUAGUCUUUCACCUUUGAACACCAGUCCAUUCUGUAAAGACAGUUCGUCCCGAAAUGUAAAGUAACCACUGAUGUUUGCUGAUACCCCAGCUUUGGUAGCUGGCCAACCUUGCCUGAUUGUUCUCUUCAGCUCUCUCAGGGUAGGAUCGGUUCUGUUGCUUGCUGAAUGGCAAUCAGCGUUGGUUCCGAUACUGGCAAGUAUUGUAUCAUAUUGAUGUGCUCUAGCUCUCUUUCAGUGUCUCCUCUCAUGUCCUCUAUGUACAUAACAUCUUCUGCUACAUCUUCUUUUUGUGCUCUUACGCACUCUGUAUGCUCUGCUCAGUGUAUCUGCCAGAUACAUUUCAGUCCCUUUUUGUAAGACACUUGAAGGUCAAACUUCUGCAAUCUUAGCAACAUUCGCUGGAGACGUUUAGGCGCACUGAGUAGACUUUUUACGGAAGAUGCUCUCCAAGGGUUUGUGGUCAGUUUGGAUCUUGACAGGUCGACCAUAUACAAACUGCUCAAAACGUUCUACUCCGAAAAGUAUUGCAAGCAUCUCUUUCUCUAUCUGGGCAUAGUUCACUUCCGUUUCUGUCAUGGAACGAGAUACAUAAACCACGGGCUGGCCUCCUUGCAUUAGACAUGCACCAAGUCCUCGGUCUGAUGCAUCACACUGCAAUUCCACAUCGUCUUUGGGGUUAAAAUACUUGAGGACAGGGGCAGCUGAGAGUAUCUCCUUAACUCGCUUGAAACUACAACCUUGUACUUGCUCAUCCCAACGGAACUGGUUCCCUUCUUUCAAAAGGUCUCUCAUUGGGGAUGUAACUUCUGACAGGUUAGGAGCAAACUUCUGGAGGUAAUUUACCAUGCCGAGAAGUCUCUUGAGAUCUUGUUUGCUUGUCGGGGUUGGCAUCUCUUUGAUACCUUGUACCUUGUCUGGGUCAGGCUUAAGACCAUCUUGACAUAUAACAUGUCCCAUAAACUUCACUUCUUUGCGACGGAGCUUAAGCUUCUCUUUGUUUAACUUAAUGCCAGUAGUAGCGGCAGCAUUCUAACAAUGCUGUCAGCUUUGCAUCAUGAUCAGAAAGUGCUUCUGUUUCUGUUUCUCCGACACCAAAAACAAGGAUAUCGUCAAAUAUUGGCUUAAUUCCAUCAAGACCUUCCAGGGCGUAUUCCAAUCUCCUCUGAAACUCUUCCGAGCGGGUGAUAUGCGAAGGGCAUCCGCGUCCAGCGGAACCUUCCCCCAGGGGUACCAAAUGUGGUCAGAAGACUGCUUUCAUCGUCUAGCUGCACAUGCCAAAACCCGUUCUUUGCGUCGGCGACACUGAAGACUUUAGCAUUUGUAAGGAGUGGUAGUAGAUCGUCGAUCACUGGAAGGGGAAAAUGAUUUCUCCUGAGUGCUUUAUUCAGAGGUUUUGGGUCAAUACAUAACCUUAUCUUUCCAUUGCUCUUCUUAAUGACCACCAUUGAGGAAAUCCAAUCUGUUGGAACAUCUACUGGUUGCAAGAUGCCUAUCUUAACUAAGCGUUCUAGUUCCUGUUUUAAAGGCUCUUUUUUUUUGCAAAGGGGACUUUCCUCACUGGCAGUGCCACAGGGGUUACAGACUUAUCAAUCUCGAGGUGAAGCUUUCCUUUGAGCUUUCCUUCUCCUGAGAAGACAUCUCCGAAUUUGCUCACGAGAUCCGGCUGUGUGGGAAUCUCAUUAGAGAGAGACAUGAUGUUAUCGGUGUUAAUCACUAUGAGGCCAAACUGCUGCACCGAUUCAGCACCAAGGAGUGCUGUGUGACCUGUUGGAACGACGGUGUAUUCCGUGAGGAAACACUGUCCAUUCUUGGGGUUGAAGGUCUCGACCUUAGUACAUCCUAGAGGUUUCAGCUCUGAUUUGUUGAACAUGACGAGGGUAGUUUGAGUAGGCUGAAGGCGUUCCAUUCGCGGAUCGUUAAAUACCUGCUGAUAAAUAUCUGCUGGGAGGAUAUUGACUGUUGCUCCACAGUCUAACUGGAAUUUCACUGUUUCAUCCCUCAAGCGCAUGUUAGCAUAAAUCUUCUUUGGACUUUUUUUUUUUUAUAAAGGGACGCUCACAGAUUCUACACUGAAUAAGUAAUCAUCAGAAUCUUCGUCAUUAAACUCCUGAACAUCUUGUUCCAUUGUGAACUGACUUCUUAGUUUGCUUUUUUUUUUAGCUUUCUGACUUCUGCAAGCCACUGAGAAGUGGUUCAUUCGACCACAGUUAUCACACUUGUGCUGCCAUGCUGGACAGAGUUCCUUUUUAAAGGAUGGGUUCUGUGGCAGAACUUACAUCUAACUGGUUCUGUUACUUUGUUGUGGACGGGCGUUGAACUUUACUGAAAUUUCGUACUUCAUUAUGGCGUAAACCAAUCUUUGAUUUUGGGUGGCCUGUGGCAACGGCGCUAACCUCCUCCGCAUGGGACAUCUCCUUAAGUUGUUUGGAUGUGGUUUCACUUUCGCAUGGCAAAUAUCAAUACACUUAUUAAGAGUUAGUUUGUUCUCAGCUAGCAGCUUUUUUUUUUUUUGUGGCGUUAUCUCUAAUUCCUACGACAACUCUGUCUCUAAUCAUUCGCUCUUGCAUGAUGCCAAAAUUGCACGUUUUAGCUAACGAACGUAAAGCUGUAAGGAAAACAUCAAAUGACUCACCGACCUCCUGUACUCUCUGAUUGAACAGAUAGGCUUCGUAUAUUUCAUUACGUCUCACCGAUGAAAAAGGCGUCUAGAAGCUCUAUCACUUUGUCGAUGUCGGUUUUCUCCUCUUCAUUUCGAAGGGCAAACCAUCGUAAAUCUCCAGGAUAUCUGGGCCAAUACAUGUCAACAAUGUGGCUGUUCAAGAUUACUGCUUUGCGUACUGAGCCGUGAGGCGAUCUCGUAGUUUGUCCACAGCCGCUUAAAUUUCUUCCAAUUCACAGCUAAGUUCCCCUUGAAGUCUAGUUUCGACGGUAAAGGAAUAGAGGACUGGAUAAAUUGAGGAGUUGCUGGCUGCGUGCUUGUUGACACUACGCUCGAGGCGAGCCUGAUUCGGUCAUCUGGAGCUAGAUUCACUGAGUUUGGCUUGAAAAUGCACUCAAGUAUUUCAGCGACGAUUCUGUAGGAAGAAUCCCACUCCUGACACCAUGUGGCGUUGUUUAUAGGAAGAACAAGACACACACAGGUGAAGUAACACAAGUCUAUUUAAUCGAUGUCCGACGAACUCUACAAAACCAGAAAGCAUGGUCUCUAAAGUUUUGUUGCCAUGGUAGUUAUGACGUAAAUGCGGACCGGAAGUAAAUAGAACGAUAACAUCGAUAUCGUUACAAUCUUAGCAGGAAUUUAAGUCAGCAUGCUUGACUGUUGCUAUGUCAUAGUUAUGUUAUAACAAAGAUGAUGGUUUUUAACUUGAAAAUGUUUGUUUUUAGCUCAAAUGAAUAGCCAGUUAGGAUAAUGCAAGUAAGGAAAUUUUGAUAUGGCUAAACUUUUCUAGACCUUACUUUCCCUUUAAAUGGUACCAGGAGACUGACUUUUAUAGAAGAUUUAUUCUUUUAUUCAUCUAGUUAUUACUGUGAAAUUUAGAAAAGUCUCAGGGUUGAUAAAAUUUUGGAAAUGUUUGUGAUGUUGUGACCAUCACUUAUUAUGGUUACAUUUAUCUCAAGUGUGGUUAAAUUUUUGUUCAUGCAACCAAGAUAAUCCAGAAAUGUUAUUGGUGUUCAUGGUUAUAAGAGCUGCCAGCUAUCAAAAUUCCACAAACUUUUCAUGGUCAAGUGAUGACCUAAAUAUUGGCUCCUUGAGAUUUCAAGUAGUAACCUUCAUGCAACUUUAUAUAAAUUGCCUUGAGAUGUAUUACAAAUUUGAUUCUGAAAGCCAACAUUUGGCGAAAAAAAACUCAAUAACCUGGCCUUGCAUGUAUAACAUCUCAGAGUAGGUUCACGAACAACUGCUGAUCUUAGUCAGAGUAAUUAUAGUAAAAGUCACAGUUUAAGUCAAGAAUACUUUUUUGUGUUCAGUACAGCACCUCAUUGCUUUAAAAAAAUUUGUGAAUAGAUGGAAAAGGGAAAAAUAUAAGUAGCCAGGUUUGCUAAGCAAAGUUCAAGAUGGAGGCUAUGGUAGUCAAACUACUACAUGAAAAUCAUAUUUCAAUAACAUGGUCAAUCAUUUGUAGAAUAUUUGUCUUUUGAAACAUUUUUCUUAUUACAGAAAAGUUGAACACAACAAUUGUGACACCAGGGAGUAAUGAGGGUCUCCUGAGUAGUGAAACUGCUGCUGCCAUAAAACAAGCACAGAGGGACAACCAGCAUUUCCUCAGGAUUCCUCGCAGGUUUAUUCAUACUGAUUUUGUGGUCUAAAUUUUUCCUUGGCUUCAAAAUUUUCAAAGCAGUUUUAUUCUUGUGCUCUUUCUCUUUUAUCAUGGUAAAAGAUCAAAGACAAAUGAAAAUACAUAUUAAACUGGUUUUUGAACUUUUGAGCAAUAUCAACAACUUCAUUUUUUGUUCCUGAUAGUUACAAGUCAAGUAACAGCAGUUAUAAACUACAUAUAUUUCAAAGAGUACAAGCUGCCCUUCAUUACCAGAAAGGACUAGAAAGAUACACCAGCCACACUUAGUGUGAUUUAUUAAUGUAUUUUGGGGUCAGAUACCUCUCAUGCAUGCACAAAACACAAAAAAGCAGAAAAAAAAAGUAAAAAAGCAGGACAAACAGCAGACAAAGAAAACUAAGGAAGAUGCUAUUUUUAAGCAAUGGAAAGCCAGUAAAAAUGAGGGUUAAAAAAAAUGCAAUUAGUACUUAGAAUAAGAGUGGACUUCAGAAAGAAAAUUUGAACCACUAUGUUGAUAGAGUGCAUUUCCAUUAAGGACCAUGGCUCAUGAUUGUCAGAAAUUGAUAACAUGAUUAUGAUUUUUACCUUAAAGGCCAAACUGGAAUGAGCACAUGACAGCUGAGGAUCUAGACCAAGUAGAAAAGGACAGUUUUCUUGAAUGGAGAAGACACCUUGCCCAGUAAGAAUCUUUCCUUCCAUAAAGUGGAACAUCUUAGUGAGGUUCAGCACAGUGAUUUUUGUAAACAUGCAUUGAUUGAAAUGGAUGGGUGUCAUAGAGAUUUUUAUCAUUCCAGUUUUUUCAUCAGCAGUGAACAAAAGGAUCUCUAGCACAAGUUAAAUGAAGCUGUCCUUUAACAUGCAUGACAUGCUCUCUUAAACAACAUGUGGAAACUGGUUAUGUUUUUGUAACAUACACAAGAACAGUAUCAAAUAUGUUUUAUUAAAAGUUCUGUCAUAAAGGUAAAAGUUGACUGUGAGUAGUUGAGAAAAUCUUUAGGUGUUUUGAUCUCAUCAUAGCUAUUAUUACCAAUAUUAAAUAACUUUUAUGAAUUCCAUUGAUAAUUACUGUUAGUAAUGAUUGUUGAUUGUUAUUAUCAUUAGUAUAAUUAUAAUAAUAUAAGAAUUAACUAUCAUUGCCUUGAUAAAAUUUAUACUACACACUUGGAUUAUUAAUACAUGAGCAUCCCUUUAAGAGGUAUUUCCCCAAAUAUCCACACUGAGUAAUUCCUUAAAAAUGAAAUAAUUUCUCUAGGUUGCAAGAGAAAGAAUAUAUACUUCUUACACCAUUUGAGCGUAACCUUGCAUUUUGGAGACAGUUGUGGAGAGUGAUUGAACGCAGGUAGAAGAUUUCUUUAGAACCAUACUUAACAGCUGACAGGCAGACAUAUGAUGAUUUGGAUAACAGGAAUACUUGUACAUGUAAUUUUAACACAGUAAAGUCAAACAAAAAAUCCUGAACUUCAUCAAAAUUUGGUCAGAACUAUUACUUUCACUUAGCUUGUUUAUCAUUGCAAAUUGUACUUAAUUUUGGAUGAUUAAGUCAUGCAGCCACAUGCUCUGUCCCUUUUUUUGUACAGUUCGAGGAUUCGUUAAUUAAUCAAUAACAUUUUUUAUCUCUAUAGUGAUGUGGUUGUCCAGAUUGUAGAUGCAAGGAAUCCCCUCUUGUUUAGAUGUGAAGAUUUGGUAAGAAAUCGUUUUCAUUCAAUUAUUGUAAUAUUGGUGACUGUUACUACACUUCAACUAAGAAGGAAUAGGCAUAGUGCCUCAUAAACUGAAGAAUGACCAAUCCAGGUGAGGGUCUACACGAGAUGUCCCUGUCCUUGCACCAUGAGGAAUAACCAGAACCUUUGUCUCCUUGUUAACACAAGGAAUGUGCUAAAGUUCUUGUGUCUUAAAUGUUAUUCAAUUUCCUAAGUGCAUCUGGGGUACAUAAACUGUGCAUACUUCAUGGAACAUGAUGGGGAGGUGUUUUUUGUAAAUGAAAUUUGUUAGCAUUAGUUUGCUCUAAAAUCCAAUUUUACUUCUUUCUAGGAGAAUUAUGUAAUAGAAGUGGAUCCAAAAAAAUGCAACCUUCUUCUUAUAAAUAAAGCAGACUUGUUAUCUCUAGAGCAGAGGUAAAAACUUAACCAUUAUUGUAAAAAGUUUUUUGAAGUUGACAUUCAAUAAUUUCAUAUUGCAACCAAUCAGACCUGGUUGACAUGAAUAAUAAUUACUAUCCUUAUGACAAUAAGGAAAAACGUAAUGAGCAACUUCACCAAUAGUUGAUUUAUGUAGACAACAGUUGAAUGAUGGAUCUGAUAACUCUUUGACCAUGAAUAUGAAUAUGUUCCAAACAGUUACUCAUUCAUUCCUUCCUCCUCUGUAUAAGUGAGCAUCAACCACAAGUAUGUUGUUAUUGCUUAGAGAUUCUUGUCUGUUGACAACACAGAUAUUCCUGGUCAAGAUAUUUCAGAAGUAUUGGAUUACCAGUGGCUUUCUGGUCUGCACAACAAGAGACUGAGCGGCUCUCAGUUGUAAGUCCAGUUUAGACGUUGCAGACAUAAAGUUUUAAAUGUCGUUUUUUGUCAAUGACUGUGAAUAUAUGAAAGUCAUAUAUUUGAACUGUGGAUAAAGACGUGAAUAUGAAAGUGAUCUUCUCACUAAUGAACACUACUUGAGCAGUAGUGAAAAUAAGGCCUGAAAAAAAAUUCAGGCCAGUACAGGAUUUGAACCCAUGUUCAUUACUACGAAGAUCGCUUUCAUAUAUAUUCAUGGCUUUAAUUGCAGUUCAAAUAUAUGACUUACAUAUAUUCACAGUUGUUUACUGGCCACUUCACGGGUUUAUUUGGAACCAACAUGAUGGCCAGCUCUCAGUUGGCUCGUUAGCUCAGUUGGUAAAGCACUGCACCGGUAUCACAGGGGUUAUGGGUUCAAAUCCCGAACAGGCCUGAAUUCUUUUUCAGGCCUUAUCUUCACUACUGCUCAAGUGGUGUUCAAUACUGUGAAGAUCACUUUUAUAUUCACGUAGUUUUUUUUCUUCAAGCAAAGUGUCUGAAAGCUUCAAGCCACAUAGGUUAUUCUAAAAAGGAUUCUGAUAAAAGUUGAAAGCAUUCUGAUAAAUUUAUAGACUUAAUGUCACAAUUGCAUUAGAGCAAGGUGAAAUAUCCUUUGAUAAACAAUCGUGCUAUUUACUCUUCUUCUAGCCAGAAAAUGACUUUCAUAUAAAUGUGUUAUCUUGAUAAUGGCGUGCAGUAGAUGUUUCGUCAAAAAGCGGUCAAUUCAAAUUUUUUUUUUUUUCCAGCUAAAUGCUGCUUCUGAAGAGGAAGAGAACUCUGAACAAGAUGAAGAGAAAAUAGAAGGGGACGAAGACGAUGAAGGAGAAGAAUAUGAAGAACAAAGUGUUACAUUGUGGUCAAAACUCUCACAAAUUACUUUUGAAAAUGACGAUCAACAAGCAACUAAUCAGGAUCCUAGUGCUGUAUCUGACACAGACCAAGUUUCGUUAACUUCACAUGAUAAGAUAUCUGAAGAUAAAUGUGAAGAUUUAAUGUCUAUUCCACAGAGCACGAUUGACACAGACUUGAAACAUUUCAAGUCAAAUGUUGAAGACAAAGGUAACAGUUCUUUGUAUUCCUAUGAAAGUGAACAGUCCUUGGAUUCAGAAAAAGUGAAACAACUUUCUGUUACUACAAAGGCUAGUAGUUUAUCUGGUCAUGGCUCAGUCAAUGAAAUAUCCUCAAAGAAAGAACUCAAAGAAAGAGAAACAACUGAUGACAGUCUUGAUCCCUGCUUGGAAAAUACAUCUGAGGUUAUUGAACAGUCUACUACAGACUUUGAAAGCUUUGAUGAUGAGUUCUCAGCAAAGCUACUAACGAGAGACGAAUUGUUAGCUUUGUUUCAAAUGCUACAUACAAAAAAGAUACAAAACACAGUUGGUGAUUCACACAGUAUCCUCACUACUGUUGGUUUGGUAAGUAAACUCAAGAUGCGUCCAUUGAGUAUACCACUCAGGUGAAUAACUCGUGCCCAUUGACUUGCCUAGACAAAAGAACAAAUGAAUUGGUUUCCCGUUUCGUGACAUUUACUAGAGAGGAAAUAAUUUUGAUCAACUAGGCGACUGUUUUAAGUAAAAAACACCAAAAAUUGAAAAAAGUUGUUUAGUUUACACAGUGUCCAGAGAAUGCAACAGGAGGCUCAAGCAACAAAAACUUCCAUGUUGGGUCGAUUUUAAGUGUUCCUGUAAUUCAUCGCUAAGCAGCUUUGAUUCCUAACGAUUUUUGUAAUGAACACAGGCCAUUUGGCUAGUUUAAAGCAGCAUUGUUUUGACUUUUUCUUCAUUAUAUACCUCAGUGUCGAUAAAUGUGGUAGAUGUUUACUACCAUAGGUAGGUAUUUCGGUUUGAGGCAGAAUACAAUGAAUUAUCACACUCUAGGAGUGAUUCUUAUCUUGUACAUAAAAACUUCACUCGUUCAUGUCCAUUUUUCAUCACACCUUGAACAGGUUGGUUAUCCCAAUGUGGGGAAAAGUUCAACGAUCAACACACUUCUAAAUGACAAGAAAGUCCCAGUAUCAGCUACUCCUGGACGAACAAAGCACUUUCAGGUAUUGAACAUUUUACCAAAUUGAAGUAGUUGUGGUUAACACACAAAGCCUGAGUACUCAGUCAGUAUCACAAGCUCGCAGAUGUAAAUCGCGAAGCGCGUCCUUUUUGCUUGUAAAUAUUUUACGACUGUUUUAUUUCAGACACUGUAUGUCAAUGAUGAGGUGCUGCUGUGUGACUGUCCAGGCUUGGUUUUCCCAUCGUUUGUGUCCACUAAAGCCGACAUGAUCCUUAAUGGGAUAUUACCGAUUGACCAAAUGAGAGACCACGUCCCAGCUGUGUCUCUGAUAUCCUUUACAUGUCGGCCAUUGUCGACUCAGUAAUCUUACAUCGAAGUUACUUUGUGCGCUUUCCUACACUGUCACAAUCUUUUUUUAUUGUUGGGCCACUUCGUAAAAUACCAUAUUACUCUUACAUAUGUCUGAUUCUUUGGAAUUCCUUUGUUGUUUUGCUUCCCUUGUAGAUAAUUUGCAUACUCUUUAGAAUUGUAGGAAUGAAUGGCAGUGCUAAUGCUAGCUGAUUAAAGUUAAGUUUUUGUGAUGUUCAAGUUCCUAGGUAGUCUUUAUAUCUGCCUUAAUUGUUAUUGGAGAUGUCUCAAUCAAACGGAAUGCUACUCUACAGUUCGUACUUGCAUCCUGAAUUCCGAUGUACCAUUGAGACAAAGAAAGCUGAGCUUGCACCUUUAGCAGGCCUAUUGCACUAAUCGAAUUGGCUUGUAGGUUUGCGUAGAUUUUUACUUAAUCUGUUGUUUCAUAAUUUUUUUAUUUGCAAUCCGGAAACUUUUGGAAGUAGACUAUUAGAUUAUACUGUUUCCUUUAACUGAAACCACCUUUGUCAGAGAAUCCCUCGCGGUGUUCUUGAAGUAGUGUAUGGUAUAAACAUUGUCCCACCCCAGGAGGGAGAGGAUCCCAACAGAGCUCCUCAUGCCGAAGAGCUACUCUCCUCUUAUGGCUGUAAGUUGAGCUCAUUUUCGUGAUUCAUAAAAUGUUCGCUAGAUUUGGUUAAAUUUGUCAAAUUUUCACAAGUCAUUGUAUCUACAAUACCUUUUCACAUAUUAAUUUACAUAACAAAGGAAGAAAGAAAGAAAUAUGAUGAAAAAAAGGUAAAAUCCGUAGCAGAACCACGGAAAACAGUUAUAUUUGUAAAUUUUGCAAAUUUUAACAAGCCCAUGGAAAAAGUCGAAUCUGUUACAUCUACUUUCAAUCCUGUAAUCAAGUAGUUUCUCGUUCUUUAUUAUUCGAGAACAGCCAGUGUCAUAGCGUUUGCCUCUAGCUUAUUUUGCCCUUGCUCCUGUUUAUUCGCAAUGCCCACCGCCGUAACUGGCCGGCUUUGUACAUCCAAGUAGUCGAACAAAAUCUACUUUUCAGGGGUAAAUAAUGACUGUAUGUUGUUGUUGUUGUUGUUUUUAAGCAAUCACAGUAUGGAAUUUUAAACUAGGUAAUUUCUUGCGGGAUAAGCCUUAGUGGGAAAGUUGGUAAUAGGAAAUUAGAGCUUUAAAACUGGCAAUAAAAUAUAAGGGAGCAUUGACUUAAUGAUUGGGGAAAAUUUUUUCUCAGAUACCAGAGGUUUUAUGACAUCACAUGGUAUCCCGGAUGAAUCCAGGUCAGCUCGAUACAUUCUCAAGGAUUAUGUUAAGGUAUGUGAUUCAGCUGAUGAUGUACAUCGGUAAGUUGUCUUGCCCUCUUCUUACACAACACAAAUCCUGUGUAUCCUCUUGAAGGUAAUUUUGUAUUGAGGUGUUUUUAUCUUACGCAGGGCAAACUUCUCUAUUGCAUUGCACCUCCUGGACAGGACGAAAGUGAAUUUCAGCAGAUUGGAUACAAACUACAAAGCGUCGCUGACAUUGAAAGAAAAGAUAAGCAAGCCAAAAAGAGAGCCCAGAAGCAGGUACGCUUGUCGGUACGCUUGUUUGCAGUAAAGGUUAUCCUGACUGAAAUUUUGAAAAAUGACAAAAAUAGCUUAGGUUGCAGUUUUGAUGUUUGCCUUGAGAAAUGAAAGUUGGUCGUCCAAUUCGCUUCAAAACUGUCCAUGAGUGGAAGAAAAUUAUAAUAAUAACUUCUAAAAAAAAAAGAAGGAAAAAAGCGCCGUCUAUCACGCGAGGCAAUGAAAUUUGGCGAAAAAAGAAUUGUGUCUGCUAGUAAGCGCGGCGUAACCCCGCUCACCGCACGCAGAGUUAUGUGCUACAGGACUUUUGUCGCCACUUUCUUUAAACACACGCGACGGACCUAGGCCGGGAAAGAGGAACUGCUCCUAGGCUUUGCAGAAUACCAGUGGAUAGUGAAGGAGGCAAUUUUGAAAAAAAUGCUUGCGAAAUGUGAAGUGAUUGUCCAAAUAUCAUGCAGUUUGUUCAGUAAUGUUUCCUUUGUCUGCUGUGAAUUACUUAUGUUGAUCCUAGAGCAUGACCACUGAUUUACCAAUUACUGUCUCAUAUUUAGACAAGCGAUGUGGACAAGAACUUCUUUAAACAGGUAAUUUGUCCAGCAUAGAUCAUUCAACUUCUCUUCCCUCUCCAGAGACUCUUUGUCAUUUAACAAAUAGAUUCCAAGUUGCCGUGCGUCUGUUCAGUAAUAGAUCACAGAUGACGUCCUCUGUGAUCUAUUACUGAACGGACGCACGGCAACAUGGAAUCUAUUUGUUUUAUAUAAUAAAGAAUUAAAAUAUACGGGAAAAAAGUUUUAACGAUGACGUCAUCUAUACGUUUGUCCUCCAAUAGAUCAUAAGUGAGAACUAAUCAGAAUGCAUGCAUAACUGAGCUUAUUAUAUAAUUAAUUAUAGAUUAUGAUUUAUUAAAAGAGGAGAGAGCUUAAGGCACUUUACAAUUUACAGCUAGAAGAGAAAAUAACAAUUACAGCGACAAAAAUCUUUGUCUGUUUGUUUUAUUUUUAGCAGGAGCAAGUUCGCUGGUUUACGCGAGGUUUUCACGCCACAGAGUCAAGCCAAUAUGGGGCGGCGGCAAUCCCAGCACUAGAGGGUAAUGCGGGCAUGCCUUAUAAACCAUGGAAGAAACACUAUAAUAGAAACAAGAGGGAGAAGCUCCGUAGGCUUGUGAACAAGUAAAAAUAAUGUGGAUCACAGGCAUUAUAUUUGUAGUAACUCUGUUUUUUACUUGUUGUCGACAAUUUUCCCCAGCUAUCACCAUUAAGAGAGAGCAGAAAAAAAGGAGCAACUUUAAUCAACUUUCCUUGAUCAUUUUGAUAUCAUGUUUAGCCAACGUCUUAACUGGUUUUUGUGACGAGAAUACCAAAUAAAACGAUAACCGGUAAUAAGUCAGCGGUGUUCAGGUUGAAAAGUUUUCUCUAAUACAUGCCUGACUUACCAUCCAUAAUUUUAAUAUUUUAUUGCACGCAGUUUCUCACAAAAUUACUACUGAAACACAAGGUCGUAGUCAGAUGAAUGGCCAAAGUUGGUUUCCUUCCAGUGGUAAUUUACACGAUUCCCUUAUGUGAAAUGAUGAUGAAAGUCAGAUGCAGAGAACGCGGUACUAAAAACAGAAAGAGUAAUUAAACAAAAUAGAUUGCUUUUCAUAUCCCAAGUGGUCUGUUGGUAGCCUUUUAUUGUUGAGAUGAAUAAAAGUACCUCUUAAAUUUAAAAGAGGACAGGUAUUGCCAAAUGCGUGAAAGAUGUGAAAUCCUAAUCCCACUAAUAUACAUGAGUUCAAUUGUGAGUCAUCUGGUCUAGCGGCGAGUCACUUCAUAACUGAAUCUUACAAAACAAAGUAAAAAGGUAAUCUUUAUGCCCGUAAAUGUAUUAGCGAGUCAACGUUUUAAGUGUGUUGCAGUUGUGAAAGUUUGUGUUAAACUAGGUAGUUAUAAAUAACUAUAAUUCGUCAUCUAAUGUCUUUCCUUUUAAUAAGUUAGAAACAAGAAUGACUGCUUCUAUUUACUGAUUGUCGUGUAAAAGCUUUGUGUUUCCUGAUUAUGUUAUCAAUCGGAAAUAGUUUUCAUCUUAUUUUCAACUUAGGGAACAGAAAAAUAC